UCUGCCUCCUCCCCUCCUCGCGUCUCUCUCCCCACUCCAGCCGCCGACAGGAGCCCAGUUGAAUCCUCACUCACUUCCUCACUAGAGCACAAAUCAGUCCAAUCCAGUGCCCCCACAAGCCAAGCAACCACCAAAUCGAAGCUAACCACGCCGGAGGGGAAUCGAGGAGGCGGAGGAGGCGGGAGUCGGGAUCCAGCGAUCUGGCCGCGCUGCCGAGGUGCCGCACCCCGUCCCUUCCAGAUCCACGGGCCACACGCCGGAGGAGGAGGAGGAGGCGGGAGCCGGGCCACACGCCGGAGCAUCUCGGCGAUUGCUUCUACCUAGGGUUUCAGUCCAUCAAUCUCCCCCCCAAUCCCGACCAUGGAGUCGCCGCCGCUCAAGCUCAACGUCGCCCGAGAUGAGGACAGGAUCAGCGAUCUCCCCGACGAACUCCUCCUCUGAAUCCUCGCGCGCCUCGACCUGCGUGACGCGGUCCGCGCCGGCGCAGCCUCCACGCGGUGGCGCCACCUCCCUCACCAGCUCUCGGUCCUGCUGCUCGGCGUCAGCCGCUUCCGCCGAGCCACGCUGGUCGAGAGCAUGGACGCCUUCGCGGCCGCUUUGCUCUCCGUAUGUCCUCCGGCCGAGCGCAGCUGCGAAUGCCAGCGCAGCCAUGCCAUCAAGGCGCUCGCCCUCUGCUUCUACCUGUCGGCCCCUCACCUCAGCUCCAUCGGCCGCGCCCUCGAGGAUGUCGUCAGCCGUGGCAAGACCAAAUGGAUCGAAUUUCGAAUAUCUCCGCCGCCAGGGGACAACACUGCCCCGGAGCUCACCGAGUUCGGGCAGCAAUUCAUGUCCUUCUGCCGUGCCUACCAGGUCGCCUUCCGGUGGCUCACGAGUCUUACACUCGAAAACCUUGCAUUCGGGGACUCUGACGUCACCGACCUCAUUAGCAAUUGCGUUAAGCUUGAGAGCCUCGCCCUGAGAGCCUGCCGGAUGGUCAAUUUUGAGCACUCAGUGCUGAAGAUUGACACACCGUGUUCUGGGCUACAGGAGCUCAAUCUAGUGCACUUUGUGUGCAAGCGGAUUCAGCUCAUCUCCGUCCCUAAGCUUAGGCAAGCUUCGUGCCUUAUUUGGCGCUUCGAGAACCCUCCGGUGCGCCUUGACUAUGUUCCCGACCUUAGACAUGUGGCCAUCGCUUGUCUUCGGACUCAUCCCAAGGCGCCAUUCAAGCUGAAUGAGUGCCUGUCAAGAAGUGCACUGAACCUGUCUGAACUGCAUCUCAAUUUUUUCCACCAAAUGAUAUGGAUUCAGCCGGAACAUCCGAAGCAGCUCACUGCUAUAUUCAGAAAUCUGUCCAAUGCGUCCCUUUCUGGUAUCUUCCCUGAGUGUGAUCUGAGCUGGACUCUUUUUAUCCUUGAAGCUGCACCUGCCCUGCAGAAGUUUGGAUUAUCUCGAACUCGGCAUGCAUGUGCCAAUGCGUUGGACAAUAAUGCCGAGAAGACCAACGUGGUGUGGGAGCCAUC